UGUAUCUUGCUUCCUUUCUUCUACUCACAUCCACACUCUCUUUAUUUUCUAUAAAUAAAUAAUAAUACACAAACCUCCCAAAUUAAUCUCUUAUUAAUUUUAUUCAAAUUUCAAACCAAGGAUAUAUAUAUAAAACCAAUCACUAUAUCUAUACAUCCAUAUAAAAUACUCAUAAGUGAAUAUAGAAAAAUCCAAUUAAACAAUCGAAGAACAAAAUCAAUUUAAGGCCUAUUGAUUCCAACACAAAAUCAACUAAAGAACCUAUCUUGUUUAUGGGUGGUGUGUUGCUUUAAAGACUAAUGUUUUGUGUUUUGUUUUAGCUUUGGAAUCAUCUUUGUCUUGGUGCUUUUCAUGAUGUUGGGUGUUUUAGUUUCUUUUGGGGUGCCAUUUUUAUUUAUUUCCUGUAUUUGUUUUGUGAAGCUUUGUAUUUGACUUUGGUCUUGUAUUUUUUAUUUGGUAAAAAUUGGUCUUGUAUAUGUUAGCUUUACCUGUGCUGAAGAUUGAAGUUUUCAUAAGAAAUAGCAAAUUAUAGAAGUAGUUGUGAAUUUUGUGUUUAAUUAAUCUGUGAACAAAAACAAUUGAAUGGAGAGAUGAAAGAAAAUAGAGUUACAAAGCCAGUAGAUGAUGGGGAGAGAGAGAGAAAAAAAAAUAUGGUACUGAUGGUGCAUGGUAUUAUUUUUCAUCCAACGGUUCAGACAGCUUGCCCACGGUGGGAGACCUAAUCCACUUACCCACCCUAGAAUCCGCACAAUUUGUAGAGAGUUUUUAAAAUUCUUCUUUGACCAUUUUGAUUCAAUGGACGUGAUAAAGUCUUAUAGAAUUGGAUCAAUCUCAACCCUCUAUUACACAACACCUUCCUUUUAAUCACAUACGCAGACCCACAACAAAACUUACACCCUCUCUUCUUUCUUUCUCGUUCCAUCUCUCUCUCUGAACUCAGAACAGUUCCUUCUUUCUCUCUACCCUAAAACCUAGCCGCUACCGCCAUAAGACAAGGCGGUUCCGGCCACCACGAGUGUCUCCAUUACAAAUUGAAAACUGAAAACCUUAUCUAGAGAGAGAUGGAGAAGAUGAAAAUAGAAGAGGUUCAGUCGACGACGAAGAAACAGCGUGUUGCUACCCACACACACAUAAAAGGCCUAGGUCUUGAGGUCACUGGAAAACCACUGCCUUUUGCUUCUGGGUUUGUGGGACAAGCUGAGGCAAGAGAAGCGUGUGGCCUUGUCGUUGAUAUGAUACGGCAGAAGAAGAUGGCCGGCAAGGCACUCCUUCUCGCCGGGCCACCUGGAACCGGAAAGACUGCAUUAGCACUUGGGAUAUGUCAGGAGCUUGGGACCAAGGUUCCAUUCUGCCCAAUGGUUGGUUCGGAAGUAUACUCAACAGAAGUAAAGAAGACUGAGGUUCUUAUGGAAAAUUUUCGACGGGCUAUUGGUCUACGUAUUAAGGAAAACAAAGAAGUAUAUGAAGGCGAGGUGACUGAGCUCUCUCCCGAAGAAACUGAGAGUAUAACAGGAGGUUAUGGUAAAAGCAUCAGCCAUGUGAUAAUUGGAUUGAAGACAGUGAAAGGAACUAAGCAACUAAAGUUGGACCCAACGAUAUAUGAUGCCUUGAUUAAGGAAAAGGUAGCUGUUGGGGAUGUUAUAUACAUUGAGGCAAAUAGUGGGGCUGUGAAAAGGGUUGGCCGAAGUGAUGCUUUUGCUACUGAGUUUGACCUUGAAGCAGAAGAGUAUGUUCCACUUCCCAAGGGAGAGGUUCACAAGAAAAAAGAGAUUGUUCAGGAUGUAACCCUACACGAUCUGGAUGCUGCCAAUGCACGACCUCAGGGUGGGCAAGAUAUUCUGUCUCUUAUGGGCCAGAUGAUGAAACCUAGGAAAACAGAAAUCACCGACAAGUUGAGACAAGAAAUUAAUAAGGUUGUCAACCGGUAUAUUGAUGAAGGUGUUGCAGAACUUGUCCCCGGGGUUCUAUUUAUUGAUGAGGUGCAUAUGCUAGAUAUGGAGUGUUUUUCCUAUCUUAAUCGUGCUUUAGAGAGCUCACUGUCUCCAAUAGUAAUAUUUGCCACAAACAGAGGAAUAUGCACUGUAAGAGGGACUGAUAUGACCAGUCCUCAUGGCAUACCUGUUGACCUAUUAGAUCGAUUGGUGAUCAUUCGAACACAAACCUAUGGUCCGGCUGAAAUAAUACAGAUUCUAGCUAUCCGAGCUCAGGUGGAGGAACUGGUUGUGGAUGAGGAAAGUUUAGCGUUCCUAGGGGAGAUUGGACAACAGACAUCUUUAAGGCAUGCAGUUCAGCUUUUAUCACCUGCCAGCGUUGUUGCCAAGAUAAAUGGCCGAGACAACAUCUGCAAGGCGGAUCUUGAAGAAAUCUGUUCACUUUAUUUGGAUGCCAAAUCAUCUGCCAAGCUACUUCAAGAGCAGCAAGAAAAAUACAUAACAUAAUACUAUUUUCAAACUGUUGAAAUGUCUGUUGCUAGAAUCUAAACUGCUUAGUUUUAAGCUUGUAUGGAAACAGUUUCCUAGGAGGUACAUGCAAUCCUUUGAUCCAUUUUGUCAGAACUUAGAAGUACCUUAUUGCUUGUAUUUCCUUAUUGUCCUA